ACCUGUAUACCUGUACACCUGCAUAACCACACAACUGCAUAACUGCAUACCUGUAUACCUGUAUACCUGCAUAACUGCAUACCUGCAUAACUGCAUAACUGCGGCUGCUCUGGAAAGACCUCCUCUGCCACUUCUCCCUCGUCAGGUGUCCUCCUGCCUGCGACAGGUGGGAGCAGAGCCUGGGGUGAGGGAAACAACCCUGUCUGACCUCUGCUCUCAGGAGUAUGAGUCGCCAAGAGGCUGUGCCCUGUUCUCCUAGUCUAGGAGAGAACACUGGUGCAGGCCAGCAGCAGAGGAAGUGGCAGAGAGAAUCUGCAGGGGUGGGGACGCAGGAUGGAAGCUGAGGGAAGACAGGGACCUGCUGGGUAGAGGGGGUGAGCUGUGGCACCAGCCCGUAUGACCAGUUUUUGGUGGCAAAAUAUUGAGAGUUGCUUGUUUUCCUUUAACGAGCAAGUAUUUAUUGCGUGCACCAGGGUGCCCAGCAGCCUACGUGGGGCUUUGGAGUACUGUAUCUCUAAAGAGCAAACAAGGAACAGGGGCCAGGCAGGGGAAGACAGCAACCAGGUGUGGCAAGAGUCGGCCGCUUCAGGUCCAGGCUCUGACAUGAGCCAGUGGGGGUCAGGGGACCGCAGUUCUGUCCUCUAUAGGAUGGGCUGCUGAGAUAUGAGGGUGGAACCAUUUACUAUUGCAAAGUGCUUGCCAUCUGUACUGGUACAGUGGGAAGCACAGAGAAGCAUUUGUUAGACAAAUCAGCACCCUCGAACUCCGAAACAGCUACGCCCAGCAAAGGCUGCCACAAGGGAGGGAGCAGAAAGGCUUCCUUAGGAGAUAAAAGGAAAAAAGCUGCCCACUCCAUCCUUCUCCAGAGAAACUACUGCUCACUCUCUGCUCCUUAAGGCCCUGCUGGGGCAGGGGGGCUGUCCCGGAACACGCUGUGCUGUGGGAGGGGUUUGAACAUCCCACUCUGGGACAAGAGCUGGAGGUAGCCCCAGCAGAGGAGCUCAGUUCUGGCAGCGGGGGCUGCUGAAUGGCGUCUCCGGCAGGUGGCCUUUUUCCAUCUGCUAUUGCCGGCCCCUGCUGCUGCCCAGGUCCUCAUGACACAGUUGGCAAGAACCAGGCUCUUGGGAAACCACGCCCGCACCCUCGCGGGGCAGCUACUAUCCACACCCGCACCCUCGCGGUGCAUCUACUACCCACACCCGCACCCUCGCGGGGCAGCUACUACCCGCACCCGCACCCUCGCGGAGACUCUACUACCCGCACCUGCACCCUCGCGGGGACUCUACUAUCCGCACCCGCACCCUCGCGGGGACUCUACUACCCACACCCGCACCCUCGCGGUGCAUCUACUACCCACACACACACCCUCGCGGUGCAUCUACUACCCACACACGCACCCUCGCGGGGCAGCUACUACCCACACCCGCACCCUCGCCGGGCAUCCACUACCCACACCCGCACCCUCGCGGGGCAUCUACUACCCACACCUGCACCCUCGCGGGGCAUCUACUACCCACACCCGCACCCUCGCCGGGCAUCCACUACCCACACCCGCACCCUCGCGGUGCAUCUACUACCCACACCCGCACCCUCGCGGUGCAUCUACUACCCACACCCGCACCCUCGCGGUGACUCUACUAUCCACACCCGCACCCUCGCGGUGCAUCUACUAUCCACACCCGCAUCCUCGCGGGGCAUCUACUACCAGGGCAGGGGCGGGGAGGCAGUACCACUAAGCCAAAAGAUAGGUGCUUUCUUCCCUCCCAGGCACCUGAGCAAAGGAAGCUCAGCUCCCCUGAACCCUUAAAGCAAGGAUAAGACUGACUGCAUGGCCAGAAAUUUGGUUUUCAUUGUUGACUAAACAGUAGCAACAUAGGGUCACAUCCAUAAUCUACUUAUAGGUAAGGUGAGAGUAUCAGCAUGGAGGGGGAUGGGAAGGAAGUUUGGGAAAGGAAGAGAAACAGCAUUUACAAAAGGGGAAAACAAUCAUUUUCAGGGUAAACAUUGCUCUAUCCAUGGAGCAGUGGUCUUCAGUCUUGACUCAACAUUAAUUCCCUGGAGAGUUCUUUAAAAAACCCAGUUGCCCAGGUCAAACCCCCUUUACCAGUGUGUUUAGUGCCUUCCCCCCUGCCCCCUGCCUGGAAGCCAGCAACUCAAAAGACUUAAGGUUACCCAUAGUUCAAAAAGGCAUAUUGGACUGAUACUGAGCAGGGGUGGGCAAGCUAUUUUUUUGUAAAGAACCAGAUAGUAAAUAUUUUCAGCUUUAUAUGAUACCAUCCUGCUGCAUCCACUCAACUCUGUGGAUAGCCAGAAAGCCAUAGGUAAUACCUAUGUAAACACACGAGCAUGGCUGUGUUCCAAUAAAACUUUAUUUACAAAAACAGACAGUGGGCCCAAUGUGACCCACAGGCUGAAGAUUGCCCACCCCUCACCUAGAAGAGAUAGGGAGGCUUUUCUAAAUCACUCCUUUAAUAUCUCCAAUUUCCCCCUCCUAACACAAGACCCCCACCUCCCUGCAAAUCCAUUUAUAAAAAUUCAUGUCAGAAUAACCCUGUGGGGUGGGUAGCAAGUAGUUGUAAAGCCAGACUGGCCAGUGGAUUUGCAGAUUUUUGGAGCUGGGAAGGGCACGGGGGAUUCAUUCCACUCUUCUGUCCACUUUUGUGUAUAUCUGAAACA